GGCUCCCCUCCUGGCGGGCUUCCGGUGCCUCGGGAGUGGCCAAGAUGGCGUCGGCGGCGUCGGAGGUGCAGCUGCUGCAAGGCCGGCUCGACGCCUUGGAGGAGCGCGUCUUCGGGGCGCCCGCGGGGGCCGAAGUGGCCGGUGGGCCCCGGAAGAUUGCAGAUGGCUUGGUCAAAGUCCAGGUGGCUUUGGGGAAUAUUGCAAGCAAAAGAGAGAGGGUUAAAAUUCUUUUCAAAAAAAUUGAAGAUAUCAUAAAAUAUUUGGAUCCUCAGUAUAUUGAUCGAAUGGCCAUUCCUGAUGCCAUGAAGCUGCAGUUUAUCUUGGCAGAAGAGCAGUCGAUCAUGGCUCAGGCAGCACUUCUGGAGCAGGUGAACAGCCUGCAGCCAUUCCUGGAUAGUGCACAUGUGAAAGCUGCUCCUGACCAUGCUGCUAAACUGCAGAGGCUUUCGCAGAUCCACAUUCAGCAGCAGGACCAGUGUGAAGCAGUGACUGAGAAUGUCCGGUUGCUCCUAGAAGAUUACAACAAAAUGACACUUCUCCUUUCUAAACAGUUUGUCCAGUGGGAUGAAAUGCUGACCCAACUGGAAGCAGCAAAGCAAGCGAAGCCUGUGCCAGAGUGAGGGCAGGGCUGGAGCUAGGCAUCCUGGGACCGGUGGCCAUCUUGUGUCCUUGUCUGACGUUUCCUAUUAAGGUAGCAGCAGCCUUUCCGGACUGAACUUGUCGAUGAGAGUUGCUGGGACUUGGUAGCAGCCCUGGGCUUCGACUGGCGGUGAUACCAUGGAUGUCAUCCUCCUCCAAGCGGCAUCUUGUCCUUCCCAGACCUUACAGUGUGGCUAAAUAUCUAUACAUUUUUUUUCUUCCCUGGCUUAACAGUUCCACUUUUAAUUUAUUUUGAAUCCCCAUUCAACCCGUGAGAGCGCAUGGCCUGUCCGACUAGUUACUGUGGACCACAAUAAAAUCCUAAUGACCCCC